AUGGAGCGCUUCAGGACGGGCUACGGCGGCGAGGAGGCCGGCGGCGACCUCCAGGCCCGGCAGCAGGCGCGCCACUACCAGCUGCUGUCCAAGCUGCAGGCCCUCGUCAAGGGCCUGCCCAGUUCUUCCCAGCAGCGAUUAUCCUAUACCAUCCUUAGUGACCUGGCGUUGGCUCUCAUCGAUGGGACAGUCUUCGACAUUGUCCAGGGCUUGCUAGAGAUCCAGCACCUGACAGAGAAAAACCUCUACAACCAGCGGCUCAAGCUGCAUCAUGAACACCGAGUGCUCAAGCAGGAGAUGCUUCAUAAACACAAGGAAGCCCAGCAGUGCUGUUUGCCUCACAACAUGCCUUUUCUCAAAGUUGCUCAGCAGAAGGAACUAGAGGCCAUGGAGCAACGAAUUCAUGAGGAGCAGCGCAUGAUGGAUGAGAAAAUUGUCCUGGAACUGGAUCAGAAAGUCAUUGACCAGCAGAGCACUUUAGAGAAAGCCGGUGUAUCUGGGUUUUACGUUACUACAAACACACAGGAACUGACUCUCCAAAUGAACCUUCUGGAACUGAUUCAAAAACUGCAGCAAAAGGAAUCUCUGCCAAGAAGACCUUUGCUCACUACCCAUUUCUAG